AUGAAGCCGUCUCCGCUCGCGGCCGCGUUCGCUUCUGCUGCGACCGCGGGGCCUUCUUCUUCUCUCUUUGGAGGGGGGGGUAGCCUCGCGGCCUCGGCUUCUUCUCUCCCGGCGGCCUCUUCCGCCUCUCCCUUUGCCUCCUCUUCUUCUCUCUUCCCCGCUGCGUCGGCUUCCUCCUCGGCGCCUUUCUCGUCUUUCUCCUGCUCCGUUUCCUCCUCUUCUGCGGACUCCCUCUUUGCGUCGUCUUCUUCCGCGCCCGGUCCUCCUCCCUCUGCGCCCCCGUUCCCCUCUGCCCCUGCCUCGUCGCAGGUCUCUGCUCUCGGCUCUGCGGGCUCCGCAGCCCCAGCGCCUCGGCGGCCCGCGUGCGUGUCUCUGUCGCCUCCGCGGGGGUCGAGCCCUAGCAAAAUGGUGUCCUUGUCCGCCGCCCCCCUGGGGAGCCGAACGGCGUCGCCGUCGCUCGCGCCCUCUGCGGCUGUUGCGGCGUCCGCUUCCUUCGCGCUUUCGGCUGCCGCAGCCUUUUCUGCCUCGGGCUCCGGGUCAGCCCUCCCGGGGAGGAAGAAGGCGCCGUUCGUGGCGACGGGCGGUCGCGAUCGCCUCUACACGCCGGAGGGCGACUCCGUGCCUCCGCCGCUGCCCACGCACCGCGUGCGCAAGCUCUCGACCCGCUCGGGCGUGCCGGGCGCCGAGCUGGGCGCCGCGGAGAGCGCGAAUCCGCUUCUCGUGGAGACUGAGAAGGAAAACCCAAUUCUGCUCAAGAUUCAGGACCCGCUGCAGAUUCUCCACCAAGACGCGGGCGCCGCGGCGGAAGGAGCGGGCGAGGCUGCAGCCGCCGAAAAGGGCGCGUCGUCCUUCUUCGUCGGGAGACUCUACGGCUUCUGCAGCGAAGAGGAAAUGCUGGACAAGCAGCAAGUCUGCACAACCAGCGACUUUGAGCGACUCGAGGCCGUCGUCCCCGGGGACCCCGAAGCGCGAAUCAUCAACCCACUGCUUGCAGUGGCGUCAUUUCGACGCAGCGACGCGGGGAAGCCGUUCCACCCUGUGGGCACGCGUCCGGCGGUGUGGUGUCGGCGCACCGUUCACCAUCUGCUGACCUACUCGGUCGACGCCGACUUGACGAAUCCGGCUGGAGCCGCGUCCGACUGCGGCUUCUCGCGCGGUGCGGAGAAGAAGUAUUUGGUUUCUCGCCAGGGGCGUGGCUACGCGUUCCUGGAUGUCUACAACUUUGUGAGAGACAGACUCCGCGCGUGUUGGCAGCACCUGACUGUGCAACACGUGCAGAAGCACCGCGCGUACAUCGAGACGCUGGAGAUCUCGUUUCGCUUCCUGAUUUUCGCGGAGCAUGCGCUGGCGAGCGACCCCAGCUUCGACCGCGUCUCCAACCAGGGCCUCAUGCAGACCUGUCUCGACAAGCUGAUGCACGGCUACGAGGCCGUCCGCUCCUUCCAGGCGAAGCGCGACUUCCACGCCUACCUGCAGCGCUGCAGCGAGCUUGCGCAGGCGAACACCCCGUCGCUGGCGGACGUGCUCGUCUACGCCAGCGCCUACGAGGGCGAGUUCUGGGGCUACCGCAUCCUCUCGCUGAUGAGCGUCAGCGACAGCGAACGCGCGCUCAUGGGCAUCCUUCAGCGCGUGCCCGCGGGACUCCUCGCGCAUCGCAGCGUCCGCUUCGCGCGCGCCGCCUUCGAGGCCUUCCGCACAGCCAACGUGCGCCGAUACGUGCAGCUCAUGCGCACUGGAGACUUCCUCUGCGGCGUGCUGAUGAACAAAUUCGCCAACUUUGCGCGUGCACGCGCCCUCCGCAGCCUCGUCUUCAGCCGCCUCGUUCAGGACGGCCGACACCCAGUCACGCUCCACCGGCUGCGCAGACUCCUCGGAUUCGACGGCGAGUCGGAUGAGUCCUUUCUGUCUUUCCUCUCUUACUUUUCGCUGACCGAGAACCGCACCCAUCCACGCGAGGUGCUGGUACGCUUCAGCGACUUGAAGAAGCCGCUGCUGCAGGAUCUCUCCAGCUACCGCAAAGUGCGCGCGACUACGUUUGCGUCUGCCUUUCUGCACCCGCCGCAGGGAAUCUCUCGGCAGAAACUAUUCGACCCCGACUACCCAGAUGACACCGGAGAUGCGUCGGCUCCUGUUGCGCCGUCCCGCGGCCCUGCGAUGGCCUCGCCCUCUCGCGCGUUUCCCGUCUCUCAAGGGGGAGUCGCCGGACGCGAGGGAAGCGGCUCGCCGUCGCCUCCGCGUCUGUCACCGCAGAGCAGCUUUCCUGCUUUCCCCCCCUCUCCGUCCCUGCCUGCCGCCUCUGCGCCCUCGCCCGCGGUCUCCUCUUCACAGGUUGGCGGAGGAGCUGCCUCUCGAUUUAGCGAAGAGAACCUGCGGAAGAUGAAGGCUCGACUGCAGGCCUCCAGUCUGUUUUCGUCUGUCGCGAAGAGCGCCGCCGACACUCCUUCUUCUCUGUUUUCCGCUGCCGCGCCUGCGUCUGCUCUCCCCGCCGCGUCUUCAUCUUCUCGCCCUCCCUCCUCGAGUUCGCCUGCUGCAGCCCUAGUGUCCUCUUCGCCCUUUGAAAAGUCGCUCGGCGCCGGCGCGCAGACUUCCGCGGAUCUGGCUUCUCUCCUCCACAAGUUUCAGCCUCCUUUUCGGUCGCCAGCGCCAGGGCAGCCUGCCCAGGCUCCCCCUCCGCCCCCUCCCGCCGGGUUUGCAUUUCCUUCGCUGCCGUCCACUUCUGUCGCCUCCUCUUCUCUCUUUGCAGGAGCGGCGCCGCGGGGGAGCGCAGAGUCGAAGCCCGCACCUGCGCCGCGCCCUGCGGAGGCCGCGACGAGCCUCGGUCUCGAGCAGACAGGGACGCAAGCGAGUGAAGCGGGCGCCGCAAAACUCGUUUCUUUGGCGCCGUCGCCGCCAGUCUUCGGCUGUUUGGCAGCGCCUCCGGCGCUGCGCCGCGAGCGCGAGAGCCCCUCGGCGGGCGGCGGCGUGGAGGCAGCCGAGGGAGGAAGGCCCCAGAUGCUUGGUAAAAUCGGCGUCUCCGCCUCGCCUUCUCCAUCGCCUGCGCAGCCUCUCCUGGGCCCUUCCUCUGCGGCGGGCGCUCAACCGUCUUUCGGCGCGGCUCCCUCGCCGCAGCUGGGCGGAGAGGCACGCGCGAAAGAGCUUCCAGAGGCCCCUGCAGCAGAGAAGCACCGCGAAGGCGACCGUGCAGACGCCGCGGAGACAGCAGAGGGAGGCGAGCAGGAGGCAGGGGCAGAGGAGGAAGAGGACGCACGCAGAGAGGAGGUCGAGCUGCGCAGCAAAGAGCCACACCGCGCCGCGGCAGUCGCGCGAAGGGAGCGGGCGGUGGAGCGAGAGCGGAGAGAAAACGACAGAAGAGAGAGGGAGGCGGAGGCGAAACAAAGGCAGCAGGAGGAAGAGGAGCGAAACCGGCAGCAGCAGGAAGAAGAGCGAAGCCGGCAGCAGCAGGAAGAGGAGCGAAGCCGGCAGCAGCAGCAGGAAGAAGAAGAGCUCGCCGCGAUGGCUGGCGAAGACAGAGAGUUAUGGAUGAAUCUCGUUGGCGUCCAGGGAUGGAGAGAGGGCAGGCGGCGAUUCGAAGUCUUACGUUCAGUCCUUUCUUCGCCCGCCCAGGAGAGCAAGCGCGAGCGGCGGAGAAGCAGCGAGUCUGUCGCGUCUUCGCCGCGAAAUCCGGGCGCGCGCGAAGAAGACCGCCCUCGCGGCGCUCGAGACACAGCGGAGCUCCGCGCUGCCUCGUUUGCUUCGUGUCGCUCUGUGCGGCGCCGGUGCAGCGUCGAACGAGACGAGGAAGGAGAAGAGAGACGCCUGGACCAGCUGGAGCGAGUUCUGUUUUUUCCUCGGGUUCGCGGGAUCUCUAGGCGACGGAGAAGCGACAGAAGCGCCUCGAGACCUCGCCAACCUGCUCCGCGGACACCAAAGUCAACGCAUCGUUCGCGCUCCCUCAUCAAGGCGACCCCGGCGAAGAGAACGAAGCACAGGCACGGCCUCGGGAGGAGUUUGACGCCGGACCGCGCGGCGCAUGCGCUCAACUCGCUGGUCACCUCCAUCGUGCACCGCUAUCGAGCGCGCCUGCUCAACGAGGCGCCAACCGGAAGGGAGCAGGACGACAAAAACGACGCGCUCCAGGCGUCUGCGUCGCCCUUCUUCGCGUGCACCGCGGUAGUCAGGCAGGAAAGUGAGAGCGAAACGCUGGAAACUGCUGUGGACGGCGAAGCAGCGAGCGCGCGAGACACCCUGGGCGUCUUCGCAAAGUUCCUCCUCUUCACCUCGGCGUGGCUUUCCCUGGAUCGCCGGCCGCUGCCCCGCGAUCCGGUCUUCGCGCAGGCGAUGGACGUCGAAAACAACGCGGCGGGCCGGGGGCCGUCUCCCUGUCGGCUUAUAGUCGGAGACGCCCACCAGCCGGCGGGAGGGGUCGAGAGGCAAGCGGGGUCCCUGAGGGGCGGCGGGCGGGGGGGAGACGCCUGCAGCGCCGACGCACUCGUCGCGGCUUUGCUGCCGCAGGCGCUCGGUUUCCUGUGGGAGAGAGAGGCGAAAGCCCGCGAGGGCGGCGGAGGCAUCGCAGGGACGCCCUGCUGCGGGGGCGUGGCGUUUUCCCUCCCGGCGGGGUCGACUGCGCGGCGCGCCGCAGACAAGGCGGUUGUCCUGCCGAGCGCGGUUUUCUGGGGGGAAGCCGCACUGCGCGGUCAGGGCGACGAGACGAUGCAGGGCGAGCGCAGCGGUAUUCUCGCGUCUUCCGCCGCUGGCGCGUCGUCUCCGGCGUCCUCCGUGCCAGUCCACAGCUGUCUGCAUAUCGUGGGAUCACGCUGGGUGCCAGGGGCUGCCGACGCCAGUUGGUCGGCUUUACGCAGACAGAAAGCGCCUGCCGGAGGGGACGAGGAGAGGGAGCAAGAGGGUAGAGCUUUCUUCUUUAGAGAGGAACAAGUCUGGGAGGGCGCCACAGGCGUGUUUCUCUCGCUGCCCUUUGCGGUGGCGGUCGGCGACGCGUCGCCGUCUCCGGCGUGCAGUUACGGACGAAGGAAGGGCGACCAGCGCUCCGCGGCUUUCUCGUCUUUCCUCCUGCCUUCCGCGACCGCGCAGCGCGCGGCGGUGGGCGAGGAGAGCGAGGAGAUGGCGAACGGCGAAGACGCAAAAGGCGGAGAGGCCGCGGCCUCCGCCUUGCCCGUUUCUGUUUUCUGGGAAGACCUCCAGGUAGUCCGCGGCGGCGAGGCUGCGCCGGGGGGGAUGAGGGGGGUGAUCGACGAGGCGCCAGAUGCCAGGCGUGCGCGAGAAGAAAGGACGAAGCGUGUGUGGAGGGAGAUUCUGGUGCGCCUUGUUUAUUUUGUAAAAAGGCUGCGAAACAGUUCCUCGGCCUCCCCUAGGCACCUCGAGUUGUCGCAGUCCAGCGACGGAAAAGACGGCAAUGACGAUGGCGCAGCGCUGGGAGACUUCGAGGCCCUGCCUCCUCUGCGUCUCCUCUUCACGCUCAUCGUCCCUCCGCACGCCGUCCGCCUCUCAGACGCGAGCUCGCAGCAGAGGACAACUGACGCGAGAGGCGGCUUUCGAAGAGGCCAGCGGAGCCGGGAAGACGCCGAGGCAGAGCAACGGCCGACUCGAGUCGAGAAGACCGUUGAGGAAGAGGCGCAAGGACUCGUGGCUGUGGCGCUUCGGCGGCGUCUGGAGGCCAUCGCAGCUGACGCCCAUGGAUGGCUGGACGAAAAAACAAGGCAAGACGCGGCGGCCCUCUUGUCGUCUCGUCUGGUCCAGUUCACGUGCGCGGGCUACGUCCCUGCUGCGCGGACUAUGUUCUCGUUCUCGACAUCCGCGUCGCCUUUGGGUGCUGAGACUUCUUCGCGCAUUCCGCUCUCGUCUCCCUUCACCUGCGACGGCCUAUCUGAAGGCCGGCUCCUCCCUGCGUCGCGUUGGCUGCAUCGCGCCGUCCGGUCCAUGACGCGGCUAGCGCUGGAGACUCACCGACUUCUUCUACUGCCGCGCCCUGUGCCUCUUCUUCUCUCCGACGUUCUCCGCUCCCAGUGGAGGCUGCAGCUGCAGGCCUACCUGUCUUCUCCUUCUCAAGCCGCAGGUGAGGCGAUGCCUCUGCGUGUGGGGUCGCUCAUUGACGGGGGGAGCGGGCGGCCUGCGAAGGGCGCGCGCGGCGAGGAGGCGGAGCAAACCUCAGACGAGAGGUGGAGAGAAGACCGCAGGAGCGGAGAAAGCGGCGCCGACUCGAAGAAAGAUAUGGCUGUAGAGAGGCUUCGAGAAGCCUGCCAUCUCCGCGUGUCACUUCGGCUCAUCAAGCAAACAGUGGAGGCUGUUGAGCAUUGCGUCGCCUUCAGUUCCGGCCUCUCUCAGUGGAUUCUUCCGCCGCCAGAGUGGCGAGUCGCGUGCGACGGUUUCGAGGCGAUGCAAGGCGAAGGCCGCGCGCAAGCAGAAGAGAGAGGCGAAGGCGAGGGAGAAGGACGGCGAAGGCGACGGGCACGCCGCUCAGACUGCUGCGGCCUCGAAGAGCUAGAAGAAAGCUACACCCGCGGAAACGCUGUGAAGACUUUAAGAGGGCUGCAGAGGGGGCUAGAGGAGAAAGGCAAGCGGAUCGCGAGCUUCCUUGCAAGCGGCGCCAGUGCUGCUGGCGACGGCGCCGCGACGCGUGCCCAAAUGCGAGAAGACGAAGAGGCCUUCAUCGGCUGGGGAGAAAGAGCGAAAGCCGCACACACCGUGCAAGAUGUCUGCGAAGCUCUGGAGGCGCAGGCGAGUGCCCUCUUCCAGUUCUCCGAGUGUAAGCCGAAAGGGCAGGCACAGGCGGAGCGGGGCCCGAUUUCGUGUCUCCUCCUCGUGCCUCACCCCGUGUGGGGUCUCCUCCAGGAGACGGCUGAUGAGCCCUGGAAGGGCCGUCUGGCGCCGUGGACGGUCGUCGGCCUCGACGCGGGGCUUCGACCCCUUGAGACGCCGGAGGAGCCGGCAAGAUCUCCAGAGACGCCCCCCUCCGCUGACGAGCGCCCUGCAGAGAGGAGCCUAGCCCAGGAAGUUGCGCCGUCUGAUCACGUGUGCGCAGGCCGACCCUGCGGUGACCCCAGCUCGCUGGUCGAGACCGGACCUGCAGCUUCUUCGCGCAUGACAGACGGCGCUGCACCCACGAGACAGUCUCCCGCUUCCGCGUUGCCGCUGGAUCUGAGUGAAGACAGUCGCGCGACAGAGGAAGGGUCCGCGUCGCCGACGGCGGACGAGUCUGGAACGGAAGGGCGGCGCCGAAGGAGAGAAGAAGAGGGCACCCGAAGUUCCUUGUUGCUCGUCUCGCUCAUUCAGUCUGCGAAACGCUGUCGUCUGGGGCUGGAAGCCGAGAGCAGGGAGACGGAGAAUUUGAUCCGAGUGAUUCUGGGAGCAAAGGCGUGA